AUGGACCUCACAGCGAAGAUGGAAAUUAACGUCAGCCAGCAGCAGCUCAUGCCGCCCGCCUGUUUCUUUUCCGCCGCGGCGGCGGCGCAGAGCGUCCAGCUGAGCCCCUGCGGCGGCAGCCAGGGCAGCGGGAAGUCGGCGUCCAAGCAGCCCAAGAGGCAGCGCUCCUCCUCGCCGGAGCUGCUGCGGUGCAAGCGGAGGCUGAACUUCGCGGGCUUCGGCUACACUCUGCCGCAGCAGCAGCCACACGCGGUGGCCCGGAGGAACGAGAGGGAGCGCAACCGGGUCAAACUGGUCAACAACGGCUUCGCCACCCUGCGGGAGCACGUCCCCAACGGCGCCGCCAACAAGAAGAUGAGCAAAGUGGAGACGCUGCGCUCUGCGGUGGAGUACAUCCGCGCGCUGCAGCAGCUGCUGGACGAGCAUGACGCGGUGAGCGCGGCCUUUCAGUCCGGCGUCCUGUCGCCCACCAUGUCGCAGGGAUACUCCGCUGACAUGAACUCCAUGGCAGGUUCUCCGGUGUCGUCCUACUCGUCCGACGAGGGCUCCUACGACCCCCUCAGUCCAGAAGAGCAAGAACUGCUAGACUUCGCCAACUGGUUCUGAGCAUCUGUGUGAGAAAUACGGAUCGACUCAAUUUCCUGUUGUCGUGCGCUUGGGAUGGUCCCGGAGGAGGCUGGGUGCCCUCAAGAACAAGAUGCACUGUACACGCGUUUUGGUCCUGCGUCCUUAACGCCCGGUCCUCCCAGACUGACUGACUGACGGACGGACGGACAGACAGACAGACAAACACGGCCUUAACGUCCUGAAAACUUGGGGGGGAAAAAAAAAAUCAGGCCAGAGAUCAGCGCCAAAGGAUUAAAAGGAAGACGGGUCUCCUGACAGCGUGGGAAUCCGAGCUUCUCUGCAUUUGCCCAUGACAAACAAACAAACGAAAAAAAAAACAAACCGAAACCCCCUUAAAGUGAAUUCACGCUCUUCAGCAAAACAUUUAAAAACAUUAUUUAAUGCGUCGCUCUUCAACUAUGCUAAAUCCAAUCACAGAACACCAACCCUUUGGAAAAAAAAACCUCUCAGACGUUUAAUUCAGAAAAUGCUUCCAAGUCACGGAUUUAUUCUAUAAAAUUCUAUAUCAAACGCUUUUUUGAAAUAUAUUAAGAUAUUUUUGUAUGUAAGAGAUUUAUAGAUGUUUUCUACACAUCCUUUUGUAUAUAUUUUGUCUAUAUAAUGCUAAGUUGCUUCUAUACCUCCUGCCUAUGUAGACGUGUAG